UCUUGUGCAGCGCCGCCGGGGUUGUUUCAGUUUCUCUUUUCUAGAAAACAGAGAGCUUGUUGCAAGAAACGAGAAAGCUGACUGACCUGCGGAGCCACAAAUGUGUGUCUGAGGGAAAAUAGUCCACUUUCUCAGCCAGAAUGCCGAGGUCCUCCCCAGUCAGGAUGGCAGCUGAAGGGCACACGGUCAAAGUGAGUGGUCUCCCAGUGCACAUGUCUGAAAAUCGUCUGGUAGACAAAAUCCACAUCCAUUUUCUGCGCAAGAAGAAUGGCGGUGGAGAAAUCAGCUCUGUGACUGUUUCUAAAAGCACACCUGGAACGGCCUUCAUCACGUUUGAGGAGAGCGAGGUUGCCCUAAGACUGGCAGAAAAGGGAAAACAGGUUUUUAAGGUGAAUGACAAAAGCUAUGAUGUCGAGAUCAGCCUCCACCAUAAAGAAGUGGAUCCGGAUGAGGUCAUAUUGUGUAUGUCCCUGACUGUGGACCACAAUAAGCUCCCUAAAGGAAAAAGAACCCUCUUGUCUCUGCAUGAAACUUUUCCAGACGUCCGUCUGAUUCUUGACCCCCAAACAGACUUUUGCACUCUAAGUGGUUCCUAUACGAACAUUCAGUCACUCAGCAGCCUGAUCCUAGGAUCACUGGAAUCCCAGAAACAGAACUCUGGAGGUGGAAUCCCAUCAAAGAAAAAGAGCCAAGAAAAGAAUAUCUUGUCCCCAGAGAAGACAGAUAACAACCUUCUAAGGGCAAACAAAGCAGCUGGAACGACAAAGUAUGCUCCACACACUGACAAGUUGGAUCUAGAAAAGGAGAGCACAAUCUUGAGAACAGGUGGUGAGCUGUAUGAUUAUCCAUCCAACAUCCAGCAAGCAGCACAUGAAGAUUUAAUGGAAGACAAAUGGGAGCUAGACGAUGGGACCUCUUUUGAAGACUUCUCCCUGGCUGUCGACUCAGACAUCUUCCGUUACCUCCAUAAGUACUGUACCAAGGAGUACCAAAGCAUUCUAAGGCUGCACAGGGUGGAAGUACUUGAUGUGACCUAUGAUGACAUCACCACCUUAUACCUGAAGCCAAAAAAAAUGCUCUCGGAGCGUGGCAUGAGCUCUGUUGGAAAGGCCUACGAAGACCUAGGAAAUCUGUAUCAGGAGAAAGGGUCCCAGUUACGCAAAGAGAAUAUAACUAAUAGUGGCAUCCCUGUGGAAGACCUUAAGUAUGCCUUGGAAAGCCUUAAGGAAAGGUUACCAAAGCUGAUGAUAGACGAAGAUGAAGGGAAUGUUUAUUUGGUAGGAAGUAAAAGUGACGUGUCAGAGGCUAAGCAGUUUAUUGUCGACAUGAAAGGGAUUGCGAUGGAUAAAGACAUCAACUCAAGCCAUCCGUUAACUCAUUUUCAGUCCACUUUUUUGUCUCAGCAAGGGGGUUCUUCAUCAUCAGGACUACCACAGCAGUCAGGCCUCUUUCAGCCAAUUGGAUGCCGGUUUCAGGGUUCAGAUGACUUAUUCAAUCCAAGGAAGGAAUACCAAAAGGCAAACCAUGAAGAAAUUCAUGCCUCUACUGAGAUUAAGCUGAUGUCUGGUGAAGUGAAGCAUUUUGAUGAUCACACACCCUCUGGCCUCGUUACCUUACAAACUCAAACUAAGGCAGCGAUGGAUGACGAUAUAUUUUCAGCCAGAAAAAGUUAUGACAGUUUAGAGGAGAAACCCCUCCAGAAAACUGAGAAAGGUGGUUGGUAUGACAAGGACAGGCAUGUAGAUUCUGUAUUUCUCCCUCCCAAGUCUUCUUCUAUGUUUUCCUCCUUGGAUCUGAACAAGAGACCAUUGGACAACCCAGACUUUAUUUCAGAGGAAACCAAACUUAAAGGGCAUCCAGACACUACCUCAAAUGGCUUAGAGAAGCAACUCAAGUCAGGAAAAGGGCAUAAGACCAAACGAAAUGAGUCAGGGAGAGAGCUGAAAAUGGCUGCUAAUUUCAGCAAAGAAAUGUCAAGCAACGUUACAGAGUCUACUGGGAACUUAAGUGAUGCAAAAGAUGCUGAAAACCAAAAAACAGCACCCAAACUGGAGGAAGGAAUGUUUGGAAAUGAAAAGAAGUCUCCUGAUAGUAAACACCCACAUUCUCUUCCCUUUAUCAAGCCAUCAAUGAAUAGUAAUCUGAAACCAAACACUAUGCCCGGUAAUUCGGUUGCAAAGGGCAGUGUUCAGAGCAAGAUGGAUGCUCAGAUAUUUAAAGGUGACCUGAAGAACCCUGAGCAGUUUCCUUCCAACUUGACUGAGAAGAAGCCAAUAUUGAUGCCUGCUUUUUCAGUUGAAUCUCAGAGUUUCUCCUUCGGUCACAUGGAUCUGUGUGGAGGCACAGGACUCAAUAAGAACCCAACAAUGCCUUCAGGGUCCACUCGGAGAAGAUCCAAUAGCUUCUCUGGCAAUGGCCGAAAAAGCAAAGAUGUAGACCUGUUUGUUGGGCAAAAGGAAAGUAGCCAAGGUUCACAGACAAUGGAAGUUACCACUCUGGAUAUCCGCGUGACUAUAAGAUUGUGGCUCUAUCUUAAGGCAUUAUAUACUACUGAAAUUGACCAUUUAACAUCUGAUCUACAAACUAAAGAAACAUUUGAUAAAGAUGAGCUCAUUUUGUGCCUGAGGGGUGCAGACCCAGAAAAGCUGAAUAAAUGCUGCCAUGAAUUGAAGAGUCUCAUUGGGACCAUUGAAAUGGACUUUGACACAAGAACACUACCCCUAACCAUACUUGGAUUGUCAGAUGCUAAGGACAAGACCUUGGCAAAGUUCUGUUCAGUAAUGAAACAGCUCCAUGAGAAGGUUAAGAUUGUAGUGCUAUCCAAGUCUAUAAUGAUCCUAGGCCCUGUUUCAGCAUGCCAGAAAGUGGAGGCCACUAUGAUGGAGGUUUUUCAUACGGGGGUCAGUGAUGCAAAGGCAAAUAUGGAGAGUUGGGAGCCUCAUAAGUCAACUAGUCCUGAAGUGAGCACAACUAACAGCGAUACUGAUCAUCCAACACCAACAGGUGAAAGUGCACAAAAUGUCAGCAAGAAUUAUCUACCUAAAAUGUUGAGUCAAAGUAGCGAUGAGAUAUCAAGAAGUGUUCCCCGAUUGCUGGAAGAUAGAACCAGAGACACAGCACUGGAUGUAGACAUCAAAGACAACCAAGAGCAAGACAAUCAUAACAAGAUGGAAGGAGAGCAAGGAACAGAGGAAAGGAUACAAGGCUUAGAGAAGAAGGGCCGUACUUUGAAGGUACAGCUAGAAGAGGAUGGCACAAUGGAUAAGGGGAGUGUAAAAGCUGACAACCUCAUCAACUCAGGUUCAGAAGAUGAAGCAAAUGGCACAGCUGAUGGAGACCACAGAACCACAAUCACUUUACAGAAGUACACUGAUCAAGAUGGUCACUCUGAAAUGAAAGGAACCUUUAUCAAACAAGUGCACCUAGGUGGUUCUGUGGACCAGAUGAAUGUUCCGCAACCACUGAAAAUCUCAAGCACUGCUUUGCCAUCCUAUGUGAGUGAAAAUCAAGGCUUCCCUUUAUCCUGCGUGUGUGGUGUUCAGAGCAGCACUGUUAAUCAUACUGCUUGUGGCAUGAACCUCUGCUCUCAGUGCCUUAAAGAAACUCAUGCCAGCUGCAAGCUCUGUCCAGCAGAAGCUAAACAGGACACCCGAGGUAUCAAAGGUACCAUGUCUUUUCGAGAAUCAACCAUCACAAUUCCUGGAUUCAUCAGAGACACAACACUAAAGAUUGUCUAUGAUAUACCUGAUGGUAUUCAAGGGGAGGGUCAUCCCUGCCCAGGGGCACCUUUUAAAGGGGACAGGUUUGAAGCCUUCUUACCACUUAAUGGAGACACUAAAAGACUGAUGCCUCUACUGGAGAAAGCGUUUCAGAAAGGAAUCACCUUCACUGUCAAAGCCAGAUUUUCAGAAGACCAAGAGAAGUGCGGCGGAGAAGGACGGGUUGUUUGGGGCGCUAUUCCUCACAAAACUAGGCUAGAUGGUGGUGCUUCUAAGAGUGGAUAUCCGGACUCCACCUACAUCAGACGCUUGGCCCAAGCACUGAGGGCAGCAGGGCUGGAAGAGUGAAAGGGUCAAGUUAAGCUUUUCCAAAGCUCAUCAGUGAGUAGAGGAGUCAUGUGACCAAAGCUGUACAGUUUGAAUUUAAUGCUCCACGAUGACAUUGUAAAUAGUGGAGUGUUUUAUAGGCAGGCUGUAAAAGGGUACAAAUCUUUGUAAAAAGAAAUAGAAGAAAAAAAAAACUACUGGGAAAUGUAGUUGUUCAUGAAUAUAUCAC